UCUCGCUCGGAUUCCUACAAGUACGGAGUAAGUAUUCUUGAACUGGGCAGAGCGGUCUUGACCGCCCUAUUUUCCCACCAUGAAGCCCUUCUCACUCCGUCUGCUAUUCUUUGCUGCUCUGUUUGUCCUGUCUGCGGCUUGGACCAAAGAAGACCACGAAAUCUUCCAGCUUCGUGAAGAAGUCAUCUCCAAAGAAGGCGCGAAUGUGACAUUCUACGACGUCUUGGGCGUGAAACCGAAUGCCAACCAAGACGAAUUGACCAAAGCCUACCGUCAGAAGUCAAAGCUCCUCCACCCUGACAAAGUGAGACGAUCCUUCAUCGCCAACAGCUCUAAGGACAAGUCAAGAGCCAAAACCAACAAGGCAGGUGUCCAUGUUAACAAGGGCCCUUCGAAACGUGAGAUCGACGCGGCCGUCAAAGAAGCCCAUGAUCGCGCGGCCCGUCUGAACACUGUUGCCAAUAUUCUGCGUGGAGCUUCUCGGGAGCGUUAUGACCAUUUCCUGAAGAAUGGUUUUCCGAAGUGGAAGGGUACCGGAUACUACUAUUCACGAUUUCGCCCGGGCUUGGGCUCUGUCCUGGUCGGGCUGUUUCUGGUCUUUGGGGGCGGCGCCCACUAUGCCGCACUCGUGCUGAGCUGGAAGCGUCAGCGGGAAUUCGUCGAUCGGUACAUCCGUCAAGCCCGUAGAGCUGCAUGGGGCGACGAGUCGGGUGUUCGAGGUAUCCCUGGACUGAAUGGUGGUGUUGCUGCCGAACCAACCACGCCAACUCCGGAACCUGAGCCCAGUGCCGUGCCAAUGAACCGACGCCAGAAGCGCAUGAUGGAGAGAGAAAACCGCAAAGAGGGCAAGAAAAGUGCUGGUCGAAUCAACGGUCGCAGCUCUGGGACUGCAACGCCCACCAAUGAGGCCGUGGAGCCCACCGGCGAAAGGAAACGUGUCGUCGCGGAGAAUGGAAAAGUUCUCAUCGUGGAUUCGGUCGGACAUGUGUUCCUGGAGGAGGAGACGGAAGAUGGAGAACGCCGAGAGUUCCUCCUCGACAUCGACGAGAUUCCACGCCCUACCUUCCGCAAUACAAUGGUGUUCCGGAUGCCCGGCUGGGUCUACCACAAAACCCUCGGCCGAGUGCUUGGCUCAUCCGACGCCAUGGGUAGCGAUAUCAAUGAGCGCGAGGAACUGGCCGAGACAGCGCAAAAUAUAGUCGAGGGUGUGAUUAGCUCUGCUACAACUUCCAACAAGGGCGCAUCCAGGCGGAGGGCGAAGCGCACACAAAAGUCUUAACUUCUUGGACCAAAUUUCGAGGGAAUGAAUCCAAGCCCAACAUUCUUGCUUGGAUUGUUUUUCCGGCCUCGUCAUUUUCAGACAUUGAAUAGAUGCGCCAAUGAAUGUGUACUUACCAUUCGACUCCGGCUGUUUGUAUAUGAGUGCAAUGCUCUGGAAAUCUACUCAGUACAACUUAGAAGUCACGUUCUUAGUAGGUGGUCUAAGCGCAAUUCUGUUAAUAGAUCAUUACAUAAGAAUAAGCAGUAUUGUAUUAUAACGGCUAUCCUAUGACUGCAAUCGCUACCAAGGAGACUGUCAGAAGUUACAG